AUGGCUGCAGUCCCGCAGAGGACGCUUAACUGGCUGUACAGCGUUUUGAUAAGGGACCACUACGACCCCAAGCAAACAUACCAGGACCCGAACCGCACCUACUAUGAUGUCGCAAACGUGCUAGCCAAAUUCCCCUCCCUUUCCCCGGAAACAAAUGUCUACACCUACGAGACCGGUGACUUCGCCCUCCUCCUCCACCUCUCGGGCACAUUACCCGUCACAUAUCGCGGCCAGGUGUACAAAUUCCCUAUCGCAUUAUGGAUCCCGAACACUUAUCCCCGCGAUCCGCCGCUCGCCUACGUGACGCCGACGCAAGACAUGGCUGUCCGGGUCGGCCAACAUGUGACGUUGGAGGGGAGGAUCUAUCAUCAUUAUCUAGCCCACUGGGCUGGCGCAUGGGAACGCUCUACUCUACUUGAUUUCUUGUCGAUUCUUCAAGAUGUCUUUGCGAAAGAACCUCCGGUUAAAUACAAGCAGCAACAGCCGAUUCCCCGACAGGUCCAGGCACCACCACCUCUUCCACCACUACCUCCAGAGCUCGCGCACUCCUCAACACACACUCCAUCGCCUCAAAUGCCGACAGCCCAUACUCCUCAGCCCGCGGCCCAGCCACCUCCACCUCCACCCAAGCCCGGCCAACAACAGAGCGUUGCUAAAUGGCAACAGUCCAACGGUCAACCGCAGCAGAUCAGCUCCCCUCCACCACUCCCUCCAUUGCCACCAAAGGAGCAGGGUCAUCGGCCGCCCGUACCUCCGUCGCAAGUCUCCAUCGGCAGCUCACAAACCAGGGCACCACCCCAAUAUCUGCCCCAGCAGGGCAACUUUGGGCCAGGCGCAUAUCAUCCACACCAGCAACAAGCGCCGCCCCCGCCGCCGCCUCCACAGCAGCGAAAUGUGUCGCACUCAGGACCUUCUUAUUACCAGGGGCCUGCCUACCAGCCGACCUCGGACGGUGCACAUUCCCAACAGCAAGCCCCUCCUCAAUUCCAAGGCUCACAAAUGCCUCCUCAUUCGACAUAUCGCCAACAACCUCCACCACGCCAACAGGCACCCAUACAGCCACUCCAUCAUCCUCCAAACCAAGCACAGCCAUCCGCACAACACCCACCAUCACGACCAAAGCCCACAACUGAAGACCUGCUCACAUCCCCCUUCGAACUCGACCUCCCCUCAUUCACCCCCACUGGCCCGGCUCCGCCCAUCCCUCCAAACCCAGAGAAAGAUGCCCUCCUCCAAGCAGUCUCCAAGGCGCUCACAGAAACGCUCCACGCAAACAUCGCACACUCCGAUUCCGCCGCCCAAUCUCUCACCUCGCAAUCCCACUCCCUCCACACCGCAAUCGCAACCCUCCAAUCCGAAAUUUCCUCCCUAACAACUCUAAACUCAACCCUUCAAUCAAACUCCUCUGUCCUCCAACAAUCCCUCCACCGCGCCGACGCUGUCAUCGCAGACGCCCAGUCCCGCGCCAAUAACACCAACACCACCAACCUACCAUCCUCCUCAACCGACCCCACAGCCGCAGGCACAGGGACAGGCCUACCGCCCAUCGACGACGUCCUCGUCGCACCUACCGUCGUAGGCAAACAACUCUACGACCUCGUCGCCGAAGAACGAGGUAUCCAGCAGGCUAUCUAUGCCCUGCAGGCUGCGCUAGUCAAGGGCGUCAUCAGCGUCGAGACCUGGUCGCGCCAUACUCGUGGUCUGGCUCGUGAGGCUUUUAUGAAGCAGGCGCUCAUUCGGAAGAUUGGGCGGGGAAUGGGGCUUGAUGAGUAUCCGUAG